AUGAUUACUAUAAUAUUUAAAAAAAAUGGCAAUUAUUAUUUAAUAAAUACCUGCAGGCGGCUUCUGUGGUUAUUCCGCAACUGAUUAUAGGUUAUAUUUGUGACCCGUGCCUCCUGCUUUGCUUAUUACACAUUACGUUAACUUAAGUUAACGUAAUAUAUAGCAAUGGUUGUAGUUAAAUAAGUUAAUUGAAAGUGUAUAUUAAUACAAACAUUAUUUGUUUGAAAUAAUAUACGGGUAAGAGGUGGGUAUUUAAACGAUUAAGUAAAUCAUAUGUUGUACAAUAUUAUGUACAAUAUAUUAUAAUAUGGCUAUAUGUUGCUUAAUGUUUAGUAGAUUAAUAUUAAAAUAUAAUUAUUUUUAAAUAUAAUAAUAUAUUAUAAGGUUAUAUAUUGUAUGGUGUACUGUAGGAGGUUUGUAGUUUGGUUUAAUGAUCUUUAUUAAUUUUCAUCUUAUUUUAUUAAAAAACACAUGAGAAUAUUAAAAAGUCAUCCUUUAUUAAAAUUAGUUAAUUCGUAUCUUAUUGAUGCAUCACAACCAAGUAACAUAAGUUAUUUAUGAAACUUCGGUUCUUUAUUAUUAGUUUGUUUAGUUAUACAAAUAAUAACAGGUGUUACUUUAGCUAUGCAUUAUAGCCCUAAUGUAUUAGAAGCUUUUAAUUCUAUAGAGCAUAUUAUGCGUGACGUAAAUAACGGAUGAUUAGUACGUUAUUUACAUAGUAAUACAGCAUCAGCUUUCUUCUUCUUAGUGUACUUACACAUAGGAAGAGGAAUAUACUAUGGGUCAUAUAGAGCACCAAGAACAUUAGUUUGAGCUAUAGGUACAGUAAUACUUAUACUUAUGAUGGGUACAGGUUUCCUUGGUUAUGUAUUACCUUAUGGUCAAAUGUCUUUAUGAGGUGCAACAGUUAUUACUAACCUUAUAAGUGCUAUACCAUGAAUUGGACAAGAUAUUGUUGAGUUCAUUUGAGGAGGUUUCUCCGUAAAUAAUGCAACUUUAAACAGAUUUUUUGCAUUACAUUAUCUUUUACCUUUCAUAUUAGCAGCUUUAGUUUUAAUGCAUUUAAUAGCACUUCAUGAUAUAGCAGGUUCAAGUAAUCCUUUAGGUGUUUCAGGUAAUUAUGAUAGAAUAACAUUCGCUCCUUAUUACUUAUUUAAAGAUUUAGUAACUAUUUUCAUCUUUAUUUUUGUUUUAAGCGUAUUUGUUUUCUUUAUGCCUAAUGUGUUAGGAGACAGUGAAAAUUAUAUUAUGGCAAACCCUAUGCAAACACCUGCUGCGAUUGUGCCUGAAUGAUAUCUUUUACCUUUCUAUGCUAUACUAAGAUCUAUACCUAAUAAAUUAUUAGGAGUUGUUGCUAUGUUUAGUGCUAUAUUAGCAAUAAUGUUAUUACCUGUAACAGACUUAGGUAGAUCUAAAGGUUUACAAUUUAGACCUUUAAGUAAAUUUGCUUUCUGAGUUUUUGUGGUAAAUUUCUUAAUAUUAAUGAAAUUAGGAGCUUGUCAUGUGGAAACUCCAUUUAUAGAAUUAGGACAAUUAAGUACAGCUCUAUAUUUCAGUUAUUUUGUAUUAAUUAUGCCUGCAAUUAGUUUAAUUGAGAAUACUUUAAUAGAUUUAUCUUUAGCAAAAAAA